CUAUCUUUAUGUGCCUUAUCUCUUUUGCUUUACCCUGACUAUACUUAACAAAGCACUGUUACUCAUCAAUAUUGGGAGGUUUUUGUUCUAGUUGGAUAGGAAUCACACAUGGGAACUCUAGCGUUUUCAGUUUAAGUGAUAUACCCCGAGAAGGUCAAGGUCGCAAUCAACCGCGCUCGACUUUUAGGUCGUCCCUGGUGACCUUGCGAUAGUAUGGGGUCGAGCCAAAACCCACCCACUGCUGACCAUACUGUUAAAAUCCCUUCUCGCGAUGGAACUCAGCUUGGUAGUCACACAGAGGCCUCCCAGCCGUCGUACGAACCCGAUAGUCAUUCGGAUCAGCAAGAUGAGCCUACCCCUAUCGGCGAUACCCCCGCGGUGAAAUCCGAAUUCGUACCAACUCCUGCUAAGGGACACCCUAUGGCUAUAAACACCGAUGUCCCGUCCGUCCGGCCCUCGAAUAAUCCUCUAUCCUACAGUGCGGGACCGGAUAUUCAGCGUGAUCGUGGCGCGAGUGCUAGUAGUGUUGCAGACCCGUCAGACAGAGUCUUCCCUAUCCGGUCCGUCAUCUCUGUAGACGACUCACAACCAACUUCAGCAAUAUUAGCACGAAAUCCAGGAGAACAAGGUUAUAUAACUCGCCAAGAGACAACUUGGGAUGGCCGGCGACGCCCGAGCAUUCCUCGUACUUCUACCGAAGCAACCAUCGGACUUCAACGAACCGAAUCCUCUCAUGAACCUACCACGUCAUCUCUGGAAUCACCGAAGGAAAGAGACGCGACGAGUAGACCAAAGAGAAAAGAGACACUUUCGAGUUACAAAGGAAGCCCGCCAUCCAAGUUAGAACGGGUUACUUCCGGUGGACCCCUAUCUCUCUUCAAUUCCGCGGCUUCGGAUGCUUCUGAUAAGACAAAGGAAAGCACGUCAAUGCGUACAGGAGAGAGCAGCCACCUUGAAGAUUCUUCUGGGCACGAAUCACCUGGUGAACUUAGUGAUACGUUGAUGACAGUUCGCUUUCGUCACGUGGUGACUGAUGAGGGGUAUGCCGUCAUUACGGGCCGAGACGGAAACCUGCAGCGAUGCGAGGAUGAGCCGAUCCAUGCGCCCGGUGCUGUACAGGGGUUUGGCCUCCUUAUCGCUUUGAAGGAGGAAACUGAUGGCCGACUAUCUGUCCGAAUUGCUAGUGAAAAUUCGAAGAAAAUUAUUGGCUUCUCACCCCAAGAAUUAUUUCGACUUGAAAGCUUCACCGAGAUUUUCUCUGAAGAGCAGGCAGACAAUCUCCUUGACCACAUAGAUUUCAUUCGGGAUGAGGAGGCCGAUCCCGCUUCGAAUGGCCCCGACGUAUUCAGUAUAUCUGUGCGGCCACACCAAAAGAAGUCCAUCAAGCUUUGGUGCGCCAUUCAUAUUAACAAUAGCCACACCGAUUUGAUUAUUUGCGAGUUUGAAUUAGAGGACGAUCAGGAGAAUCCUCUUCGUCCACCUGGCGAGCUGACUCCGGACGAGCCAGAAGAUACACUGUGCCAAAAUCCAACAACGGAAGAACUACAUGAAAGCACUGAAAUUAGCAGCAGGCCCCUCAGGAUUCUGAGAAGUGCGCGCCAAAGGCGCGGUGAGGCCGGUGCUAUGCAAGUUUUUGACAUAAUGUCUCAAGUUCAAGACCAAUUAGCAUCCGCGCCGAACCUAGAGAAGUUUCUCAAAAUAUUGGUGGGUAUCGUCAAGGAACUCACCGGAUUCCAUCGGGUUAUGAUCUACCAAUUUGAUGCAGCUUUCAAUGGAAAGGUCGUGACAGAGCUAGUUGACCCUGCAAAGACCCGCGACCUUUAUUACGGCCUGCACUUCCCGGCCUCCGAUAUCCCAAAACAAGCACGCGACUUGUACAAGCUCAAUAAGGUCCGGCUGCUUUAUGAUCGAGAACUAGAAUCUGCGAGGCUCGUUUGUCGGUCGGCCGAAGAUUUGGAAUUGCCACUCGAUCUCAGCCAUGCCUAUCUUCGUGCUAUGUCUCCCAUCCACCUUAAGUACCUCGCCAAUAUGGCAGUGAGGUCCUCUAUGUCCAUAUCAAUUAACGCCUUCAAUGAGCUAUGGGGACUUAUUGCGUGCCAUAGCUAUGGCGGCCAGGGAAUGCGAGUCCCAUUUCCGAUUCGGAAGUUAUGUCGACUGGUGGGAGAUACAGCAUCGCGCAAUAUCGAGCGACUCUCGUAUGCGUCGCGACUACAAGCAAGAAAACUCAUCAACACCAUGCCGACUGACCAGAACCCUUCAGGUUAUAUAACGGCCUCAUCUGAUGACCUCAUCAAACUAUUUGACGCGGAUUGUGGUAUGCUGUGUAUCCGGGGCGAGACCAAAAUACUAGGGAAGAUCGGGCAAACCCAAGAAGCUCUAGCUAUGCUAGAGUUUUUGCGCUUGAGAAAUUUUACUUCUGUUUUAACCUCGCAAGAUAUCCGGGAGGAUUUUCCGGAACUCCGGUAUCCCCCAGGUUUUUCUAUUAUCGCCGGCUUGUUAUACGUUCCGCUAAGUGUAGGUGGCCACGACUUCAUUGUCUUUUUCAGAAGGGGCCAGAUUCGCGAGGUAAAAUGGGCCGGUAAUCCUUAUGAGAAAGUUGUUAAGGAAGGCACUGCAAGUUUCCUAGAGCCGCGAUCGAGCUUCAAGGCAUGGCAUGAAGUCGUCAUAGGAAAAUGCAGAGAAUGGUCAGAAGAGCAGGUAGAGACUGCUGCGGUAUUAUGCCUAGUCUAUGGUAAAUUUAUCGAGGUCUGGAGGCAGAAGGAGGCUGCAUUGCAAAGCAGUCGACUUACUCGACUAUUGUUAGCGAAUUCGGCCCACGAAGUCCGCACACCACUGAAUGCCAUUAUCAAUUGCCUGGAGAUUGCCAUGGAAGGCCCGCUUGACCAAGAAACUCGAGAGAACCUAGCAAGGUCUCACUCUGCGUCGAAGUCCCUUAUUUAUGUUAUCAAUGACCUCCUUGAUCUUACGAAUAUGGAAGAGGGCCAAGAACUUAUCAAAGAUGAGAUUCUGGACUUGCCGGCUUGUAUCCAGGAAGCAACUGAACCUUUCAAGGUAGAUGCUAAACGAAAGUCUUUGUCGUACGAAGUAAUCGAGCAUCCUGGUCUUCCUCGUUUCGUGCACGGCGAUUUCCGCAGGGUUCGACAGGCGGUUGCGAAUAUGACGGCAAAUGCGAUACAACAUACCAAUCAAGGCUCGAUAAAGGUUGAAUCGUUUGUCACAGAAGUUUUGGAAAACCGUGUCAAGGUUGAAAUCGUCGUUCAAGAUACGGGUUGUGGUAUGAGUAACGAAAAGCUGGAUAACCUCUUUCGAGACCUGGAACAAGUGAGCGUAGAUGAUGAUUCCACGGCUAUCGAGGACAUAGAAAAACCCGACAAGGGAUCGACGUUAGGGCUGGGUCUUGCCGUCGUGGCAAGGAUUGUGCGAAACAUGAAUGGUCAAUUGCGACUAAAAUCUGAAGAAGGGAAAGGAUCUAGAUUCGUCAUCCAAAUCCCAUUCGAAUUGCCGUCAAACGAUUCUCUUGAGAAGGUCGGCGGCAGCGGCAGUGUUUUCGGUAAUUCCAGGGCAAUUUCGAGUAUCGCUUCCGUUACUAAAUCUCUUCCGUCGACGGACGCAAGCGAGGUUAUGCUUGUCGAUCGGGGUCACUCAAACACGAUCAGUCCACCAAAGCGGGCGAAUAUCGAAAGACGGAGCUUCGAUGAGGCUACCAGUAUCAACAGCAUGAAAAGUGCAGCCAGCAACAGUGGGCAGAGCAACAAGAGCGACGCGGAUCGCCUGAUUGACGCAAUACAGACGCCCUUGUCUAUAGGUGGGCCCGAUGAGAAGAUUGCUAGCGCAAAGCGUCUGAAUUCUCGGGAACGACCAGAAAAUUUCCAUGGUAGUACCACCUCCUUAACGGGCUCUGGUUCGAUCCGUUCGCCAAUAAUUGACGAACCAACGUCUACUUUUCACCGAACAACCGUCAGUCCGACUAAACUUCCUGGCCAAUAUCACAUUAUGGAUUCGAAAACAUCUAUUAAACCAGUCAAGGUACCUGACGAAUAUUUCGAUCGACCAGUAGCGCCACCAAAUGGUCAAGGAUCCAGGGUGUUAUUCGAAAUCAACGGAGAGGAUAAAUCUAACGAGGGGCAAACAGACCAACAAAAACCCGAUAAGCUACGCGUGCUCGUAGCCGAGGAUGACCCAAUCAACAUGAAGAUAUUAAAAAAGCGUCUCGAAAAAGCAGGACACGAAGUUUAUCAUGCCGUCAAUGGGGACCAUUGCGCUUCUGUAUAUAGGGAACGGCCAGCUGAUUUUGAUGUGGUCCUCAUGGAUAUGCAGAUGCCUAUCGUCGAUGGUCUUGCUAGCACUAAGAUGAUACGAGAGUUUGAAAAAUCAGAUAAAUGCCCGGAGCUUUCUACUCUAGCGGCGGCUUAUAGGAGGACUCCGAUAUUCGCAGUGUCGGCUUCUCUUGUGGAACGAGAGAGACCGAUCUAUGUCGAGGCUGGGUUUGAUGGCUGGAUCUUGAAGCCGAUUGAUUUCAAACGACUUAACGUUUUGCUCGAUGGAAUUACCAAUAAAGAUAUUCGAACUGAAUGCCUUUAUGUUCUGGGAAAAUGGGAACGAGGUGGAUGGUUCGCCCUCGAGUCUGAACAUAAAGGGGGUUCGUCCUAGGAAGACGUCACGCCCAGAAGCUAUACGGACGUGAUGGCAGUAUGCCGGAAAGAGCCAUCAUCAUAUUUCUCCCCGCAACCUUAGGGGAAAUGAGUAUAGAAUUGGAUAACGAAUAUUCGCAUUGUCGAAUGCCUACAUCAAAUUAAAGAGACGGACGUGUAAGAGU